AUGACGAGCUUCAUCUCAAAUAUCAUCUGGAACUCAGUGGAGGGUUUCGUAGACGCUGGAAAGAAGACGGCGGGCGAAUAUGGAGGGAAUGCACUUAUCAAGGUUGGAGACAUGAUUGAGAAUAGCGGAAGGAGCGUAGGAAACGGGAUCGAGAAAAAAGCAACGAACUAUGGCAGUGCAAUCACUGGACAAACAUACAAACCGACGGGCAAAGCCCUCCCCUCUACAGCACGAAAGCCUGCGAUCAAGCGCUCGAACUCGACCCCUGCGAGCAACAAGCCGACUACCAGUGGAGUACCCAUAGGCGCAAAGAAGUACCCGGGAAACAACCAAGUCAAUGGCGCAAUCGGAGGAGCGAAGAAGACCGUCGGUGGUGUAGCAGGCGGCGCUUCCAGAGUCACUGGGGGAGUUGUAGGUCGCGCAAAUAGCACAGUGGGCAACGUAACAAGCAACGCCACAAAGGCCACCGGAGGCCUCGUAGGUGGUGGUCAGAAAGCUAUUGGUGGAGCCACGAGAUCCAUUCCACCCUUCAAAGGUCCCGGAGCCACACCAAACAAGACUCUUCCAAAGGCUUUUCCAGACACCAACAACAUGCCGAAACCCACAUACCCAACGACCAAGAAGGCAGCGGUUAAGCCCGGUAUGCCAAAGCCGUUUACACCGCCUGUCGAGCAGAAGAAGCCGGAUCCAAAGAAGCCUUAUCCGGGGACAAACACGUUGCCAGGAACGAGUAGGACACCAGUGCAACAGCAGAAGUACAAGCCGCUACCGACGUUGGGUCCGCAGGUUAAGCAAGGGCAGACUAUGACGCACCUUGCUAUAUAA